AGCUUUUUUGGGUCCCAUUCUCAGCAUGGUGAUAAAUGAACAAAGUGACAUAAAAGCCUGCUUUUCUACUGCUUGGACAACAAAGCAGGACUUUUUUCCAGAAGUAUUUCUCCAUGACCGAUUUUUGCAACUUUACUGGCCUUUCACGUUUGUCCUCCGGCUCCUCGGGGCUCAUCAAAAUUAGCUACUCGAGCCAAAAAAGUGAAGAAUGUCGCCGAUUUCAUUGACAGCAAGUGUCAAGAGCACUUUUCUCCAGGAGAAAAAAUUGCAGUGGAUGAGUCUGCUGUCGGUUUCAAGGGAAGAAUUGCGUUCAAGCACUGUAAUCCUCAGAAACCAACGAAGUGGGGUCUACAAGUCUACAUCCUGGCCGAUUCUGAAACAGGAUACUUUUCGACAUUUGAGUGCUACUACAGGUCUCCUACGAUGGAGUCCUUGGUGCACCCUGAACUUCCCUUUACGUCCCGAAUCAUCCUUCAUUUGUUUGUUCGACUACAGCAAGAUUGCCCAGCUCAAGGGAGGCACAGAUAUUAUACAAGCUUACAGUUGGUGGAGGAAUUGAAGAAAGAAAAAACUCAUCUAACCGGGACAAUAAUGGCAAACCGAAAAGGUUUACCAGUCAAGGUAAAGAGAAAACAGCUGUCAAAACUCAAAAAUGGCGACAUGAAGGCGUUCGAGAAUGCAGUAGCAAUUAUUCUAGCAUGGAAAGACAAAAGGCCGGGUCUCAUGGAAUCUACUCAUCACAAAGAUGCUAUGCAAGAAAUCACCCAGAAAAAGCGGGUAGGCAGUAAGAGGUGAUCCAGAAGCCAUCAGUGAUUUGUGACUACACGGCAAAUAUGGGAGCCGAGACAGAGCCAAUCACUACAGCUUGUUGUACCAUUUUGCCAGAAAAUUCCUCAAAUGGUGGUGGAAAAUUUUCUUCUGGUUAUUCGAGGUACAAUACUCUCUUAGUAAAUUUUUGUUUUGACAAAAGGGUAAUUGUUCUGGUU